AGGUCGCCAUCGCGACUUCGCACCUUUGUGCGGGGCAACUUGCUCGACGCGAGGCUCUCCUUUGUUUUCAGUCGUUGCAGUGGAAGACAGUUUCGAUAUUAGUUGACAGGAAGAUGGCAGUCAGUCAGGAUUUUUCCCAGCUCACCUUGAACCUUCUGAAGGUGAAGUGUGGAGAGUAUGGUCUCAAGAAGUCGGGAAAGAAAGCCGAUCUAGUUGCGAGACUUGCUCAGCAUUUCUCUGAAGGCGACGGUGAUGGCAAGGAAGGGCCACCUCCGCCAGCUGCAGCGCUUGCUGUUAUUCCCCACGACCCUCUGGAUUUUCCUGUUACUGGGUGGCAGCCGAUUAAAUCUGCGAGUGGAAGGCUACUCUCCCUGUCGUUCUCCAUGCAAACUAUGGUUUCUUAUUUCGUGGACACUAUGACCAGCGAUGGACCUGCCAAGAAUUUCAAAGCGCUUGCUGCCACUGAUAGCAAGUCAAUUCGUCUGUAUCGAGCAGGUUAUGUCCAGAAAAUCGAACUGAUGAAGGCCAACAGCCGUGUGUACUACCGUGCCCGCUGUCAGCCUGAAAUGAAGACCAAAGCUGACUACAAACUUCGGCUCGUUGCUCAGUGUGACUCAGGAUCUGCCACCAGUGUUGUUGGUGCUCAGUGCACUUGUCCUGCUGGCAAGGGUGUUACUGCCAGUUGCAAGCAUAUAGCUGCACUGAUGUAUGGCUUGUCCGAGUUCACUCUGCUUGGGUUUAGUGAUGCUCCGACGUGCACGGACAUGCUGCAAAAGUGGAACCAGCCUCCUGCAGGUGCAGGUAAAAAGAGUGAGCCCAUGCUGGUUCAAGACAUGGAGUGGCGUAGAGGUGGCAGUACCACUGACAAAUCUGCGCCAAAGAAACGUAAGCAUUCUGGGGGAUUGAUCAUGAAGAAGAGGCACGAUGUGCCUACGUAG